UGGUGAGAACGCCUUCGCCCUCCAUAGCAGGGGGACAACUAGACGAUCACCCUCUUUGGGGGUAGUAGCAAUGGCAUUGGCACGCACUGACUUGCAAGAGAUCAUCAAAGGAUAACACGGAAGCUUUCGAACCCUCUCACUCGGCGACCCUGCCGACGCCUUCCCCACGUGACACCCCUCAGUCAAACCCCAGAGGUUGCCCGAGAAAAUUCAAAAGACAAGCCAGCCAAACCGCCAGGUGGUCGGGAGAGCAAAGAAAGAGAAGGUUGACUUUCUUCCUCAAGUAACCCAGCUGUCAAGGAACGGCAUCGUGCACCAGCCCAGCAGACAACGCAACGCCUCAGUGUCCACUGGCGAACAGAAUCCUUUUUAGAGGAGGACGGCGCAAAGGACCGCCGCCAUCAUGCAUCAACCACCUCGGGACCGGCAGCAGCUGAACACCGUGCCCUCGCACAAGUCUACCCAAGUUUCUUCCCCAGCAGCACAGGCGUCAAUAGCGCCAAUACCGCCCUCCUUCGCCCGCCGCAAGAGGGCCAUCCUGGCACAGCUGGCGGUGCCAGACGACGAGUACACGGACCUGAGCCCCAAGGGUACGGUCGAUGCCGGUAUCAGGGACCUGAUUGACGAGAUCAAUGGGCUUGAGGGAUUUGCCACUACCAGCAGCUGCGCCGGCCGCGUAAGCGUCUUUCUCGAGGGCCGCAGGGCAGGCCGGGGAGGACCCGCGGCUGCGGACGAAGGGAGUCUGGUGUUGCCGGGACACCAUCUGGCCGUCGAGGAGGGCGUGGCGGGAGACGGGCUUGAGGACCAGGGGCAGGCAAGGGGCCAGCAGAACGCUGAUGCUGCGGCUGCCGAUGCUGCAGGGGCCUGGAGCUUGCCCGGUGGUGGUGGAGGCGGCGGUGGCGGGAGAGAGGGGCCAUCGGCCGCAGCCUCGAACCUGGUGGAAACCUUCGCGGGCGUGGGAGGCAAAGGUGGCGGCGGCCGGUGGCUGUUUGUGUCUCAUGAACCUGUCGAAUCGAGUGGUAAGCUGGACAGCGAGCCCAACAUUGUGGCUGCCCUGCUGGGCAUGGAGGAGCCCAUUUUUGACGGCAAGGAAGGCAGUUCGGCGGAGGAGAUGGGGGAGAGCAGGCUGAUUCAUUUCAAAUUUGAGCCCAUGAUCCUGCAUGUCCUCACGGCAUCCCCACAGCACGCCCAGCUCAUACUUCGCUGCGGCCUACAGGCCGGCUUCCGCGAGAGCGGCGCCAUCAAUCUCAUCCCACCGACAACGGCCACCCAUGACGCAUCAGCCGCGGCAGCGACGCCCAUCGUGGCGAUCCGCUCCAUGGGGCUGGGGCUGGAGAGCCUGAUCGGGCGGGAGACGAACGGGACCAAGCACUGCACCGUAUCAGUGGAGUACCUACGCGCUCUGGUGAAGAUUGCCAACGAGAGGUUCGCCGAGAACACGAGGCGCAUCUCGCGGUUCAGGACGUGCCUCAAGGAGGCUACGGCUGGCGAGAGGCGGAAGACGAGGAAAGGGGAUGGUGGCGGUGAGUGGGAGAGCGCCGAGGUCAGGAGGGAGAGGAAGAGGCUCGAAGGCCGCAAGAGAGCCGAGGAGGCCAGGAGGAUCAAAGAGCAGCAGCAGCAGCAGCAGCAGCAGCAGCAGCAGCAAAGCAGCCAGGCUGACGACGCUCCGGGCCUGGACUCGCUAGAACAAAUACAAUAA